UCUUUGCUUCCCCGCACAAACCGUCAAAAAUCCAAACCCUUCCCCAACUUCUUCCCCACUCUCACCGCGCCGAUGGAAUCCGACGGCGAGGAGGAGGCCGUGGUGACCCCGGCGGCGGGGGCGGCGCCGGCCGCGGGGCGGCUGAAGGGCAGCCCGGAGCUGUCGGUGGACGCGGACAUGCGGGAGAUGGCGAAGACGGCCGCCUGGAGUGUCAGCUCCUGCAAAGCCGGCAACGGCGUCGCGGCCCUCCGCGACGACAACCUCGACACCUACUGGCAGUCGGACGGGGCGCAGCCGCACCUGGUGAACAUCCAGUUCCAGAAGAAGGUGCAGCUGCAGCUUGUUGUGCUCUACGUGGAUUUCAAGCUCGAUGAGAGCUACACGCCAAGCAAGAUCUCCAUUCGGGCCGGCGAUGGCUUCCACAAUCUCAAGGAAAUUAAAACUGUGGAGCUUGCCAAGCCAGUUGGAUGGGUGCAUAUAUCAUUGUCUGGUGCUGAUCCACGAGAAACAUUCAUUCAUACAUUCAUGCUCCAAAUUGCGGUUUUAUCUAAUCACCUGAAUGGGAGGGACACUCAUAUCCGACAGAUAAAGAUAUAUGGUCCACGCCCGAACCCUGUUCCCCGCCAACCAUUUCAUUUUACUUCCAGGGAAUUCAUAACAUACUCCACUGUUAGGUGACAGUCGAUGGACAUACUCCACUGACUCUCAAGACUGAAGAAAGCUUAUGGUUCAGAGUUUAGGUUCCAAGUGGGAGCCCUGAUUGUGCUUCAUUUCUCCCAUAAUGGCCACGCAGAAUUCAACAUUGAAGAUUUGAAAUAUAAACCUGAGUAUUGGUGUCGGAUUCAUCUGUCUGUGCGAGUAUACAAUUUGUACCCACCCAUGUAAUGUAACAUUAUCCACCUUCAUGUGCGACAUUGUAAAAGAAAAGGUCAAUUGGUUUUCAUUUCA